AUGGAAAACAUUGAUUUCAGUGAAAAAAUUGAAAAAUAUUUUUCAGAAUUGGGUCGAUGGAAAGUAUGGCGCGGUAUUAUAUUAGGUCAAGUGCUAUCUCUUCUGUUGAGUGGAAAAUGUAUUCUUACUACAUUACUCCAGAGUGCUACUUGGCAGUUUCCUACUAAUGGACAGCUAGUUAUCCCAUACUUUGUUCUUUUCAUAUUAUUUUCUCCAUCUCUAUUAUGUCGAGGCCUUACACAGCUAACCAAGAAAUGGUGGUUAAUACUUAUAGCUUGUAUACUAGAUCUGUUAGCAUGUAGUGGUGUUGGGGCAGCCUUAGUUGGGGGUGCGUGGAGAGGUCAAAGGUUAGGGGUCGCUCAUGUUGCCGGAGCAACGUUGGGCUUGAUGGCAGUUGUUUGUGUGGUGUGGGCGGAUGUUGAAGGAGCUCCCACUGAUGGUAAAAACCAAUUAGUGGGUGAUAUGCUUUGCUUAGCCGGAUCACUACUCUAUGCUCUUGUGACAGUGCUCCAAGAAAUAAUGCUCAAAACACAUUCGUGUGCUGAAUAUCUAGCAUUGCUCGGAUUCAUCGGGAGUUUGUUGUCUUGUUCACAGACAUUUUUCUUAGAAUUUAGUGAUCUGAUGACAUUUAACUGGUACGAGUUAGAUACGAUUAUACAGUUGGGAAGUUACUGUGUCGUGCAAACAAUAUUCCAAAUCCUUCAGAGUUUUAUGCUAAGGGAUGCAGGAUCUAUAAUACUACACCUGUCUUUCCUCUCUUCGGAUUAUUAUACUUUGAUAGCCGGGAUGUUUAUAUUCCAAUUUAAGUUCCAUGCUCUUUAUUUCCUAUCAUAUUUUUUGGCGAUGGUUGGAGUAUUUCUCUUUAGUGCAAGACGAACAUCUAACCCUGUGGUUAUACCACAAAUCAUUCAUGACUCUGUACAGACACAGGAUAAUGUGUCCAUGGAGUACACAGUACCUGCAUUGGACUGCAUACCUCUAUCCGAAGGUCUUGAACCGCCAAUGAGUCGAGAUACAACAUUCACAUCAUUCCUUGGAGGACCUCAGACUGCUAACACCAUGCCAAAUGGAAACAUGUCAUUUGGACCUAUAAUUACAGACGAAACUAAGGAAAUAAAUCAAGACAUAAAUCAAUAA